AUGUGGCAGGCCUCUCGGCUCCUGCAGCUUCGGAUAAUGAGGGCACUGGGUGAGUGCCGUGUCCCUGCAGGGGAGGACGCCGUCAGCACCCUGGGCCUGAUCCUGGCCGUGGGGCUCUCGCUGCUGCUCAUGUCCAUCCUGGGCUACAGCCUGGCCAAGUGGUACCAGCGCGGGUACUGCUGGGAGGGGCCGAGUUUUGUCUUCAACUUGUACCAGAUCCGGCACCUGAAGGAGGUGGAGAUGGGUCCCCUCUUCACCAUCAGCGGCCACCUCCGUGGCCCAGACGACGGCCACCUGACGUUCUCCAGUCGGCUCGUCUGACAGCAGCCUCGGCCCGAGCCCCAGAGGGAAGCUGAGCUCCCGGGCAGGUGGGAGCAGCGCAGGCCGCCCCUGAUGAAGCCGCGGUCAGAAGCUGCAGCCACAGCCUCACUGCCCUCGUCCCAGCGAAGAGGCCAGCGCGGCGCAGGGCCCAGGACAGGGCGGGCGAGGAGGGAGGUCAGGGCGGUCGUCCUCCUGCCCUCUCUGU